AUGAAGGCUGAAAUAAAGCAAGUUGGCACUCAACAGUUUGGGCAGGCCAAGAAAGAACCCAAGGCCAGUGAUGGUGGAGCCAAAGCUCCAGCAUCUAAGGCAGCCCCAAAGAAGGCUGCACCAAAGCCUCAGGCACCCAAGAAAAAGGGUUUAGGUGGCAAAGCGGCAGCCAAGAACUAA